CGUAGCCCCCUGCAGUAAAGACGGGGAUAGGGAAUGCAGAGAGCGUGGGGAUGAAGGAAGGGGCUCCCCCCACAGCUGGGUCCUGAUGGUGAGGAGACUACAGGAAUAGACGGGGGUCAGUUUUUCUGUGUAAAUCUGAACCUGCUCCCAGAAGGACUCACCAGACUGUGACUUCCAGAAUCUUCUAGAUGACUUCCUACAAUCAGAGCAGUGGCGCCGGCCCCGUUGGUGGAACUUUGGUGAAAGAGGUGCCUUGCAAUUACUCGAAGAGGUACUCCUCCAUCAUUGGACAGCUGCCUGAGGAGCUCAACAGUAUCCUCUCUGAGAUGAUGGCCCAGCUAGACAACAUCUCCAACCUGGUGUCCAAGGUCAAUGAGUCCUUUGAAGAACACCACAAGCAGGUGGAAAACUUCUUUCGGCUGAUGGAAAUCUUCAACAGGUCCCCCACCAUCCUGGAGAUGGUUAAGGUCUCAGCUGAGAAAGAAACCAAGCAGGACCCAGAUAUGGCCCCCCAGGACCCCAAACUCAAAGCCACUCUGGGAUCUCAGCCACCCACCAGACCCCGGUGCCUCUCAGAGGCCGAGGAGCAGCAGGACCCACAGCCUGUGUGGGACAAGGAGCCGCAGUUCUGGAGAGACACCCUGACCUGGGAACUCUGGAAACUUUUCACAGAGAACCCACAAGGACAGGAGGGUGAGGAUCCUCACUCUCAGGAAAGGAAAGACUCUGACCUGAGUGAAUCUGAGUUGGAACUUGAGCCUGAACCCAGGCAGAGGAACAGCCUGAAAGAUUUCGACACCAUCCUAACCGAGAGUCCCUCAGAUCUGCUUGGUGGUUCCCAAAAAGACAUCAGCCAGCCCCAACAGGGGACCCAGGGAUCUUCUGGAUGUGCUGGUCCAUUCCUGAAGCCCCUAUCCUGGGAUGAUGAAGAGUUGGAACACAGCUGGAAGAGACCUGGCACAUCACUCUGGCAAUCCAAGAGGCGCUCUGUCCCUCAAGGCCUGCAGAAGGUUCGAGUGCUGAAACAUCAGGAGCUCCUGUUGGCGAUGGCGGUGAGCUGCUUCACAAGGCACGUCUUUACCUGUAGCCGGAGUGGCAUCAAGGUGUGGAGCCUGGCAAACCAUGCGACCGAGGAUGAAUUCCCCGAAAGCCACUUGCAAUGUGGCGUCCAGGCCAAUGGGGCAUACCUGCGCACCUGCCUACUGUCUUCCAACAGUAAGAUCUUGUAUGCGGGAGGGCACAACCUGCCCGGCGUGAGUGUGUGGGACCUGACGGCCCCGUCCUUGUAUGAGAAGUACCAGCUGCCCUGCAAGGGCCUUUCCUGCCAGGCGCUGGCCAGCACGGAGGAGAACAUGGCCUUUGCUGGCUUCACAGAUGGCAGAGUCAGGAUUUGGGACCUACGGAGUCAGGGAGUGGUCAGGGACUUUGAAGGCCCUGUCAGUGCAGCCAAGAGCCUCGUGGUCAAAGAUGACAACGUCUGGACAGGAGGUCUGGAUGCUUGUCUGCGAUGCUGGGACCUGCGGGCUGCCAAGCUUUCUCUGGAGUACACAUUCCAGUCCCAGAUCAUGAGCUUGACGCACAGUCAGCGGGAAGACUGGCUGUUGCUGGGCCUGGCCAAUGGCCAGCACUGUCUGUAUGACAGCAAGAAGAAGAGCGAGGCGCUCACUGUGGGCUCCAAGGACAAGACCAUCUUAGGCCUCAAGUUCUCCCCAAAUGGCCAGUGGUGGGCGAGCGUGGGAAUGGACAACCUUGUCACCAUCCACAGCAUGCCCACAGGAGUGAAACUGUUCCAGGUCCCUGAAACUGCCACUGUCACAUGCUGUGAUGUGACAGCCAAUAACAGGCUGAUUGUCACAGGAUCGGGGGACUGUGCCUCGGUGUACCAGAUCGAAUACUGACAGCUUCCAUUCCUAUCUUUUCUUCCCCCCAACUGCACAGUGGUAGACGUGGGUGGGUGUGAGAAUCCCAUGGGUGUACCAACCCUUCAUCACAUGUAAUAAAGCAAUUGAGAAGGCA